AUGGCGACCACGGCGAUAGCCACCGCCUCCGCGAGCUCCCUCGCCUUUUUCGCCCCCGGCACGCGCGCCAGUGCCGGCCGCUUCCCCACCACCCACCUUCCGGCGGGUGCCGGGGGUGCCGUCUCGCUGCGCCGCCGCGCGCUGCUCGUCAGGGCCGCCCAGCAGACCGAGGACGCUGCCGCCGACACGCCCAAGCCCGCGGCUGCUGCUUCGAAGAAGACGCCGGGGCUCUGGGACGCGCUGGCGUUCAGCGGGCCGGCGCCGGAGCGGAUCAACGGGCGGCUGGCCAUGGUGGGCUUCGUGUCGGCGCUCGCCGUCGAGGCGACCCGCGGCGACGGCCUCCUCGCGCAGGCCGGCAACGGCGCGGGGCUCGCGUGGUUCGCGUACACCGCCGUCGUCCUGUCCGCCGCGUCGCUGGCGCCGAUGCUCCAGGGGGAGAGCGCCGAGAGCAGGAGCGGCGGGGUCAUGACCGCCGACGCCGAGCUCUGGAACGGCCGCCUCGCCAUGCUCGGGCUCGUCGCGCUCGCCGUCACCGAGUACCUUACCGGCGCGCCCUUCGUCAACGUGUAA